AUGCAGCCAACGAACGGGGCUAGGAGCGACGGUGAGGCAAGCACGUGUGGAUGUUCGGAGCGGCCGGCGCACCGCACGCUGAGCGCAUGGCACGGUGGGGACCGGACCCAGAAAAGGGACACCGCGUGGGACGUCAAUCUUCACUGCAGCGACCGCCACCGAAUUCGGAUGUGCUCGCACCUUCUGCGGUCCCUCCUCCUCCCUCACUUCUGUGCCGAGGACUGUGCCGCGGGAUCCAGCAGCGCGAUGUUUGACCGCAGGAACAUGGCCCGAACAAAUGAUUUGUGGGAGGGGAUGUGCACUGCGACGAGAAGGAAGAAAAUGUUGCGAGACGACCACCACGACAAGACCGGAGUGAAGUUGUGUUUUGUCCGCUUGCGCGAGGGCGGCCUGCCACCUGGUCGGUUGGGAGGAUUACUUUUUUUUGCGUCGUUGCGCUCUCUUUUUAUUCCGCUGCGUUUUCCUGCGGACCUGCGAAGGGAGAUUUGCAAGAAUUUACUGCGAGGCGUCCGUGCCGUCGUCGGAAAGGCGGAUUCUCCCUGA